AUGCCUGGGCGUAUGCUUUUCCGAUACACCUGUGAGGAAGUGGAUAAACAUAAUACAGUCGACGACCUGUGGGUUAUCCACAACAACAAAGUCUAUGACGUGACAGAAUUCGUCGCUGAUCAUCCCGGUGGUGCUGAGCUCAUUAUAAAGUGGGCAGGAAAAGAUAUUACAAAUGUGUUAAAUAACCCGGAGUUGCACGAUCAUAGUGAGGUUGCUUAUGAAGCGCUGGCAGAGUUGUGUAUAGGUGAUAUAGUUGAUAGUAACAAUUCUACAACGAAAGCUACACCACCACCGUCACCACCACAAUGCGCUGAGAAAUAUACCCUUGUCGAUAAAUUUCACCCCACAACAACAAACAUCAAAUCCGAUCUUAAGGAGAAUUUUCUCGACCUUAACAAACCACUAUUCCAUCAAAUGUUCAAUUGUGACUUUAGCAAAGAAUUCUAUCUCAAACAAAUUCAUAAACCACGGCAUCUUCCAUAUUCUGUUAAGCUGUUCGAGAACCCAUUUUUAGAACUUUUAACGAAGACUCCUUGGUAUGUAAUUCCGAUCCUGUGGCUUCCUGUGGUAUAUUACCAUGCACAUAUAGCAUCUGAAUAUUUGGGCACAAAAACGAUCACCGUCUUGUUCAUUAUUGGAAUCUGGAUUUGGACCCUUUUGGA